AGCACGCAUGGAUGAGGCCUCAGGCAGGGAACAGAGCCACCAAUCGGAGAGGGCCGUGCUGUCAGCACACAAUAGGGGAAGAUCCGGAUCAGCUUUCCUCUCCCGCCAGCGGCAACACCGACACAACAACACAGCCCGCCACCUCCAUCUCUUCCCGCCUACCGGACCUCCUCCAGCUGCUCGCUACCGGAAGUGCCCGGCAGGCCUGGCUCAGCGCGAUCACCGGCGAGCUGUCUAAGAGGACGAGGACUACCGGAGAUCACAUGGUGCCAUGCCGCUUCUACACCGGAAACCGUUCACCCGGACCCCGCUACCGGCCGACCUGGACCCGACCGAGAGACUCUUCUACUGCCGGGUCACCAACGAGGUGUUCAGGGACUACGAUGAGUUUUUUGAGCGCACAAUCCUGUGCAACAGCCUUGUAUGGAGCUGCUCCUUCACUGGAAAGUCUGGGCUUACCUUUCAAGAAGCACUUGAAUCUGAGAAGAAAGUAAAGAAGAGUUUGCAGAAUUUCCCCGAGUCCCUGGCGGUGCCAGUGCUCUAUUUGUCUACACUUGCCAGCCAUCAGAAAUUAUCAGACCUGUGCGAUGAUGUAUACGAGUAUGUGAAGGAUCGCUUCUUUGUUGGGGAAACUGUUACUGUUGUGAGAAACAGCGGUGCAAGGUUGGAGUGCACAGUUUUGGAGAUUAAAGCUCCUCCACAGCAGAAUGGCAUGGUGAAUGGUAAUACCGUUGACAAUGACACAAUUGUCAUCAGUGAUAGUGAUGAUGACGAGCCUACUGUACCAGAUAGCUGGAAGAAAAUAGAACCAAUCGACCCAACUUUAUUCAAGUACAAAGUGAAGCCUGUUGUAGAAGCAAUGUACGAAUCUGUUACCGUUCGUCAGUGCCAAGUCAGUCGAAAGUCUUCCAUAUUUUCUAAAGACAGACUGAAAUAUUUCUUGAAGCUGCACUGUGAAAUACAGAAUGGUUUUGUUAAAGCCAAGGCAAAUACAAUUUCAAAGUACCAGAUCUUGGAAAAGAAUUAUUUCCGUUAUUUUCCUGAUGAACCUCCUAGGUUUGAGCCUUCAGCAGACAGAAAACCUGUGCCAAGGGAAAAUGGGCUCACACCCAGACAAAGCCUGCUCGCUGCUGCAAAGGAACGGGAGAGAAUCGAGCAGCACAGGAGAGAGCUCAGAGCUAUGGAUCUGGAAAGAGAGAGAUUAAGACGUGUACGUGCUGAUCGUAUAAAAUCCAGAGCCAGAGAAAGACGAGACGAAAUAAAUCAAAAGGACGAAUUCAAGAAGAUUGCUGAAGUUGAAAGACUUAAAAAAAGAGAAGAGCGAGAAAGCAUUAAGUUAGAAAGAGACAAGGAGAGAGAGAAAAUUCGUGAAGAGAAACGAAAAUACGCAGAACGCUUGAAAAUGUGGCAUAAACGGCGGGAGGAUAUGGAGUGCGAGGAUCUUGAGGAGCUUCCUGCAGCCACUCCUGUAAAAACCAGACUUCCCCCUGAGUGCUUUGGGGAUGCUCUUAUGGUUUCAGAGUUCCUUCAUGCGUUUGGGGACCUGUUUGACCUUAAGGAUGAGUUUCCAGAGGGAAUGUCCUUUGACAUGCUUGAAGAUGCUUUGGUUGGCAGCGACCCGGAAGGCCCACUGUGUGAACUGCUUUUCUUUUUCUUGAGUGCGAUAUUCCAGGCCAUGUGCGAAGAAGAGGAAGAAGCCGCAAAAGAUCACAUAACGGAGGCUGAAGCCAGAAGAUUGAAAGAAGCUUUGGGUGAAGGUAAAGACUCUACAAAUUAUGCCCUCUUCGCUGUAGCCUCUUUGGCAGCAGCUUGGCCACAGUUAAAUCAUGGCUGCAGUCUGAAGGAGCUAAAUCUGGAUAGCUGCACUCUUUCAGAGAUUCUUCGUCUUCAUAUUUUGUCUUCGGGAGCUGACUCCAACUCAGCCAGUGCCAAAUAUCGAUAUCAAAAACAGGGAGGCUUUGUAGCCACUGAUGAUGCUUGUAUGGAGCUUCGUCUCAAUCAUCCUGCAAUUCUGAAGAAACUGACUACUACUUCUGUUUAUUCCUUGUCCCCUGAUGAGAAGCUGAAGAUCAUCCACGCCCUAUGCGGCAAGCUGCUCACGCUAGUGUCCACGAGAGACUACAUUGAAGAUUCUGUGGAAGAGUUGAGACAAGCAAAGCAAGAGUUCAGAGAGCUGAAAGCCGGACAAAACCGCAGAGAGCGUGAAGAGGCUGCUGCCAGGAUCCGUAAACGAAGAGAGGAGAAGCUGAAGGAACAAGAGCUGAAGAUAAAAGAUAAAGAAGAUCAAUUGAGAGAAGAUAAUGUGCCUAAAGCAGCAGGAAAUGAAGAGCAAGAGAAUUUGCAGGCUGGGAAUGAGAAUAAAGAUACUGAGCAGAAGGAGAAGGAUGCAGCCGCUGAAGAUGAAGAGAUGCCGCCUCCUAUCAAGAAAAGGAGAGGCAUGAGAAGUCAGAAUGGAUCCAGAAAUCUGGAUAAGGAAACAGAACCUGUAGAUGAGGAAAAACAGAAAACUGAGAGACAAGAGCAAGAGUUAAUAGAGAAGAUCCAGCAAGUCACAGCCUGCACGAACAUCACCCCUCUAGGCCGAGACCGCUGGUACAGGCGGUUCUGGACUUUUUUCUCUAUUCCGGGACUGUUUGUGGAAGAGGACUAUUCUGGGAUUACUGAAGACAUGCUGCAACCUCGUCCUGCCUCACAUCGAGAACCAGAAACAAAACCUAUAGUCAAUGGCCAUGGUGAUUCUGUGGACGAUAUAAAGGAGGAACCGGAGGCCCCCAAACCUGUGAACAAAGCAAAUCGUUGGUGCUACUACAGCUCAGUUGAACAGUUGGAGCAGCUGAUUGGUAGUUUGAACACACGGGGAUACAGAGAGAGCACAUUAAAGGAAGCAUUGGUACAGGAGAAAUCAAAAAUAUGUCAGAAACUGAGUAACUUUCCAGCUGAAUGCUUCAAUGUUUCAGAAAAUCCACCAUCCUCUGAAGAAACAAAACCUGGACGGGGAAGAUCAUUAAAUGCACUUGGUUCCACCCCAAUUUCAGGAGACAAGCAGCUAGAACUGCGGCUGUGUGAGCUUUUGCUGGACAUUGAAGAUCGCAUCUACCAUGGCAGUCUUGGUACUGUAAAGGUGCCAGACAGGCAGUUGUGGAGGGCAGCACUGGAGAAUUGUUCUUAUGAACUCUUAGACGAUGACCCGAAGGACAAAUCGCUGAAAGUAGAAGACAAUGAUGUGGAGGAGAUGGAAGUGGAUGGCAGUCAAAGCAUUAAAGAUGGGUUACAAGGUGUGAAAAAUGAGGAGUCAAGUGUUCCAUCCACAAACGCCAGCACCCCUCAGCCAGUAGCUACUUCAUUACAGUAUCUUGCCCGAGCAUUACUACAGAUCGAGCAAGGCGUGGAACGCAAGUACUUAAAGGCUCCACUUGGGGAUGCAGACGAUACUAAAAACUCAAAAUCGGACAAGAAAAAGAAGGAAGAGAAGAAAAAGAAAGAAGAUGAUCAAACUAGUGAAAAAGAUGAUACUAAUGAAAGUGGUCGCAUUCCAAGGACAGUACUGGAUCGAUGGCGUGAAUCAUUACAGUCAUCUGGUAACUUGUCACAGAUCUUCCUUCAUUUGUCCACCUUGGACCGCAGCAUCUUGUGGUCACGGUCCAUUCUGAACUUCAGAUGUAAGGUGUGCCGUAAGAAAGGAGAUAGCGAGAGUAUGAUCCUGUGUGAAGGCUGCGAGAGAGUUCACCACAUCUACUGUGUACGACCCAAACUGAAGUUUAUUCCUGAUGGAGACUGGUUCUGUGCUGUGUGCCGACCUAGACGACGAGGCCGCAAACCUGGGCCAAAGCCAAAGCCAAGGCCCCCUGUGGAUAAUGAUGUGGAAGAGGAGGAUUUUGCAGAAGAAGAUGCGUUGCAGAGAGAUUUUGAGAAGGAGGAAGAGGAGACAAUCGUGUGUGAGGAAGAGAGUACAAAAAAGAAAAACAAAGCCAAAGUACAAUUGCCUUUAAAGGUAAAAGGAAAGCCUGGACCUAAGAAAAAGUCUGCGAAAUCACCGAAAAGUCAGCAAGGAACUCCAAAAACCACUCCACCUGCUUCAAAGGGCAGAGGAAGAAAAGUCCAUUCUGCCCCUCCACAAGAAAAGAAAGGUGGAGCUCGUCAUUCUGUGCACACUCCACAGCCCAGUGCUGAAGGCCACGAGACAUCUCUGGUAGAGUUGGUAUCUGCACCAGGCAUUGGCCGGGGUAGAGGAAGAGGAAAAAAGAUUAAAUCUGUUGAUAAUACCCCAGAGUUCAGCCCCUUUGCCUUUCGUCCAUUUACUUUGGAAAACCUUAAACAGAUACCUGUUGGACAAGAAGAGGAACAGUUUGAGAUCUUUACACCUACUCGGAAAGGCAGAGGAAGGGGCAAAAGGCGAUUAACGGAAAUCUCUACCAGCGAUCAAGGAAACAGGAGAAGCUCUGGUCGACAUCAAGGUGUGCAUGAGUUAUCUGCUUGUGAACAGUUGGUGGUAGAUUUGGUGAGGCACGAUGACAGCUGGCCUUUCAUGAGACUGGUUUCCAAAGCCCAGGUUCCAGAUUAUUUUGACGUUAUCCAGAAGCCCAUUGCCUUAAAUAUAAUCCGCGAGAAGGUGAACAAAUGUGAAUACAGUUCUGCAACUGAAUUUAUAGAAGAUGUUCAGUUAAUGUUCUCCAACUGCUUUGAAUAUAACCAACCCGCAAGCAAUGAGGCCAAUGCCGCACUCCGGUUGCAAUCCUUUUUCGUCAACGAGGCUCAGAAACUGGGCUUAGAAGUUCCUAUUAGCAAGCCGAUUAUUCCUCCUGAACCCACCAAAAAGUCGCACAUCUGAUGAUCUCCGUUUUUGAUCCGUGAGACUUUGUGGAGUCAUGGUUUGCAGUUUCUGUUUUCAGAAAAAUUAUUUUCCUGCUGAACUGAAUCACCAACCGCUACUCAUCCGCGUAAAGCAAUAAGUCCAGCCGUCUUCUAAUGACCAAGCACUGAUUUCCUACACCACAUAGCACUCAGGGUGAUUGAUUGCAGCAAAUAACUGCUAAUUAGGGUCCAACCACGUAUGUGUAUUUUAUAUAAGUAUAUAUACUGUAUAUGUAUAUCAGAUUUACAACUGUUUAACUACUGUUGAGCUGCCUUUUUUUUUUUUUUCUUUCUUUCCUAAAUUUAGUUGUUUUUUCUUGUGGAUAGCUGGGAGAAAAAUGUCUAGGCUAAAACUGACAUUUCAGUUUUGGGUGGAUGCAAGCAGGUUGAAUCACCCCCACCAGAUUAUCAUCUCUUUGGCACAGAUUUUUCUACAGCAAAGUUUCUUUCAUUCAUGUGGGUUCUCAUUUUGUUUUCUUUUUAAUGACAAAGAAUGCAGCAGCAGGCUUGAGAUCUUUACUUGGCUUUACAAGAAGGGCUAGCUUCUUAAGUAACUUGAGAACCAGAGAGAGACCAGAGAAAAUACCGUACCAUUAAAAAAAAAUAUAUAGUUGAGUCUACUUAUCCCAAACACUACUUGAGUAAAUUCAUUGGGGUUUAUUUUUGUGGGGUGAAUUCAAGCGCAGAGUAUUUUGACUAUUCUAGAUAUUUAUUUAGUAUUCCAAGAAACUUGUGAAUUUUUUUGGCUUGUAUUUAUGGAAAUUUUGUACCUGAAGUUAAAGUAUUUGUUAAGUAAAAUGUUUUCCAUGUCUUAAAAACAAAAAACAGUUUCUACUUUUUUUCAUGAGGCUGAAAGCUUACUCAAUUUCAUCUUUCUUUUUUUUUUUUUCACUUUCAGUUACCUGUGUGAAAAUAAAUAAAAGUGUUACAUAAUUCUAUUCAAAAUGGGUGCUUGAUUUAAGAUAUUUUUGUGGUUUGUUAAACAUGUGAUCCGCUUCUUGUAAACCCCUCAGACUAGAAGUACAGGCAGUAUUAGGCGCCAAUCGGGUGUGCACUGACAGGGUGGGGGAGCAGAGUUGAGCUCAGUCUGAUGCUGCUCCUUCAUUGUCCAGUCAUAGGCUGUUGGCAGGGAAGUGACCUGUCUGUUUUGCUGGUAAGUGGUAAAGGCUGAAGAUUAAUACUUACCUAUGCCUGAUCUAGCGUUGUGCACGAGAGCAGCUGUUCUCCCAGAUCUCUCCCUCCUUAUUUGCUCAGACACAGCAGUGGCAGUCAUUGGCAAAGGACACACAGAGCGGGACUCGGGUCUGAGUGCACACAAGUGCCUAGAGGCGAUUCAGUUUGCAUGUGUAGUGCUCUACAAGUCACUCAUUCAUUCAUUCAAGUGCCCCUAUACCAAGUGUCUUGCUAUGCAGGCACUCAAUGGGGGGGCGGAGGAGCCCAGACCGACAACUAAGCAUCCGAGAAGGAUAAUUGGUGCUGCUCUGUGCAAAACCAUUGCACAGGGCAGGUACAUUUGACUUGUUUGUUUGAAAAUGAAAAAAUCCUAUAUUAUCGCUUUAAGUUAAAUGAAGCAAAAGAAAAUACCUGGGGUAUAGUGGAGCAUUGGACCAGGGGUGUCAAGUGAUAGAGAGAGAGACGGUUCUCAAUGUAAUCUCUGACUAGAGCAACUUUAAGUCUAUACAGAGCUUCCUUGCUCCAGCUGCAGUUCCAUCCUGCUAUGCCUGGCACAUGUUUUUUAGCCCUGUAAGUGUUUUUUUACAAAUAAAUAAAUAAGACGUUAUUAUACUA